AUAGAUUUGAAUCUUCGUUAUCUGAAUCCUCAAUUAUUUCUGCAAUACCAGAAUCUUUAGGUUUUUUAACAGCACCAUUAAUAAAAUCAGAAUCAUGUUUUUCAAGCACAUCGCUAUGCAAUAAUUUUAUUGAUUUAACAGCUGCUUCAAAUGAAUCGUCGUCAGAUCUUGAAAUUCCUGAAAUAGAUAUUGAUAGUUUA